AUGGGCCAAGAAAGAAGUACAUUUCACAGCAUGCAAGGCGGGGAUUGCAUCAACGACGAAGGUUUUGCCCAAAUUGAAGGGUGUUGUGCGCAGGCCGCUCGAGAUGGUUGGAUGUAUAUUUGGAUUGAUAGUUGUUGUAUCGACAAAUCGAGGAGUGCCGAACUCUCGGAAGCGAUCAACUCGACAUUUAAAUGGUACCAAAAUUCCAGAGUUUGCUAUGCAUAUUUAGGCGACGUUGAAAGUAGUCUUGAUCCUUCUAGAUCAGCAGAUUUCAAAUCUAGUAACUGGUUUACUAGAGGAUGGACUCUACAGGAACUUCUUGGCCCCAAAACAUUGGUUUUCUUCGACCGAAACUGGAAUUUGAUUGGUAGCAAGGAAGACCUUCAAGUCGACCUUCGAAAAAUCACGGGAGUUCUGAAUAUAGAUAACUGGAGAAGCGCUUCGAUUGCCCAGAAGCUGUCUUGGGCUUCUCAAAGAAUAACAACAAAGAUUGAAGAUCUGGCCUACAAUCUCCUAGGUCGAUUUGACGUUAAUAUGUCUCCACUAUAUGGAGAAGGCAAGAAAGCUUUUAUAAGACUUCAAUUUGAAAUACUGGCUGUAUCCGAUGAUGAGACUAUAUUUGCAUGGAGAGAUGCGAGCGAAAUGGGAGGAGGGUUACUUGCCCAUUCUCCAGCAGCGUUUUGUGAUUCCGCUGAUUCAAUCUCCAGACCAUUUCAUACGAUUCAGAAAUGGAAUCCAAACUCAAUAAGGAGGCCAUACCUGAUGACAAAUAAGGGCCUAAAGUUGGAACUACCACUAGCGACGCCCUUUACCGAUUGCUCCUGCGGUUAUGUUAAGCAUCUAGCACACGAAUCUUUAGCCUACCCAUCAGACACUAAACUUGCCCCUUUACAGUGUUGUUAUGAGGGAAACACAAAUUCGGGCAAUCCAUACGUGUUGGCGGUAUACCUUAUCCGUAAUCGCGGUAACGAGUUCACCAGAAUUGAUCCUGGGUGUCUCGAAACUAUUGACAUUCGUCAACUCGACAGACGUCAACCCUCGCACAGAAAAGACGGAACAUCUCCCUGCCUAGACAAAUUUUCGGCUUUAAGAAUAGAAGAGCAUAUGGAUAAUAUAUUUGUCAGGCAGCGUCAACCUAUGGAUGUAGAAAUAUGUGAGCCUUAUGAUAUAUGGAUAGAGACCAAGGAACUCACAGGAGUAGGUUUCUCUAUGACAUCCGAAUGGCUUUCUAAUACUCGUCAGACGAAUGUGGUAAAGCUUCAGGAUGGAAUACGAGUGCGAGCCAACCAAUUGCAGCCGAAUGGUAUGACAGCUAUAAUGACCUUCACCCAUUUCAAUAGAAUUGACAGAGGCUACAUGGGCAUUUAUGCCCUUGUCUUAAACGUCACAAUCACCCAGCGCGGACCUCUAAUUAGUAUGAUGGAGGUACCAGUGCAUCAGAAACAAAGAAUAGUUGAGUAUGAGCAGGAGAGUUUCAAUGACGGAAAAGCACCACAUGCAAAGCCUCUCCUCAAGCGCCACUAUGCCGGAGGUAUAGUCGCCCGAUCCUAA